UCAUGUUAAAACUAAUGCCACCAAUUGAUUUUUAACUUUAAACACAAGUAUGUUGUUUUGAAUUUAAUUAACAACAUAAUAUUUCAAUACAACAAAAUGCAGUAAAUUAAAUCCAACGUAAAAAGUUCAUUUAAACUGAAGAGCACUUUAAUUUAAAGAGGAUUGUCCUAAUAGGCUCUCCGUACUUCUGAGUUUGCACAUGUGCAGUGUGGAAGUUUGAUCAUCCGCCAUUUUCAACUGAGACUUGCAUAUGCUUAGCAUCCUGGAUAGAAUCCAUCGCCAUCUGAGGAUUAUUUGUUUCCAUUGGUUAUCAUCGCUACCGAAGACAGGAAAUCAUCAAAGACAUGCCAUUCAUUGCAGAGGUCAACAACAGAUGGCCUGCCCUGUUUUCAGAGACUGAGGUUGUUGCGGAGUUCACCUGCAUCACCAUGGUCCCUUUGUUGUCGACUUUCAUGGCCAAGCUGGACCACUACGCUGACAGCCUUCUUGGAGUGUUCAAAAAGAAGGGGGGAACAGCUAAACGCAAUAUCAACUUAAUCAUGGCAGCCAUGGAUGGGAAUCCCAGCGUUGAUGUUCGACGGGAAUGCAUUCUGAAAGCUGUCUGUGUCUACUUAAAUGAAAAGCCAGAUGACCUGUUCAAGGAAUUCUUGGAUGUGGAUCUUGAAGAAACGGAGCAGCUGACUUUGGGAGUCUAUGUUGUCAGACAUGAAGGAGCAAACUCUGCAGAUACACCUGAGGACAUUGGUGUCAUCAUAGAAGGAUGCACUGUGCUGCAAGCUCUUAGUGAUGUGGCAAAGAGGUGUGCGCUCCUGCUUGGGCUAAUCUACAGUCUAAAUCUGAGCUACCCAAAGCACCUGAAAUACACAUUUGAAUUUCUUCAGAAGGUGCUGCUGGAGUUGGAUGGGAACAACCGACCCAUGAAGGUGCAGGUUCUGAAAAACAAACUGCUUGAGUGA